AUGCAUCCCGAUGAUCGCGAGAAGACGGCAUUCAUUACCGAUCGUGGCACCUAUUGCUAUAAAGUGAUGCCCUUCGGCCUGAAGAACGCCGGCGCCACUUAUCAACGAUUAGUGAACAAAAUGUUCGCGGACCAGCUCGGUAGAAGCAUGGAAGUCUAUAUCGACGACAUGCUAGUCAAAUCUGCCAAGGCACGAUCACGUCAAGCACCUCAGCGAAUGUUUCCGAAUCUUAGAGAGUACGGGAUGAAGCUGAACCCCGCAAAAUGCACAUUCGCCGUUACCUCGGGAGAAUUCCUCGGGUAUGUUGUGACCCAACGCGGGAUAGAGGCAAACCCGAAGCAGAUCUCGGCGAUCCUCGACCUCCCAUCGCCGACAUCCUCCAAAGAAAUCCAAAGACUCACCGGACGUAUCGCCGCAUUGAACAGAUUCAUCUCGCGCUCAACCGACAAGUGCUCCCCUUCUACCAAUUACUUCGAUCAAACAAGAAGUUCGAGUGGGACAAAAAAUGCGAAGACGCUUUCAAACAACUUGAAAGAGUAUCUCACUACCCCACCAAUUCUCGCAAAACCCGAAGAAGGCGAAACCCUACUCUUAUAUAUCGCAAUAUCAAGCACGGCGGUAAGCGGAGUCCUUGUCCGAGAAGAUCGAGGAGAGCAGCAGCCAGUCUUCUAUGUCAGCAAAACCCUCAAUGAUGCCGAGACGCGAUACCCAACCCUAGAAAAGUUGGCACUCGCACCAACCACUACGCCAAAUCCUUCACGGCCCCAACCAAUCCGGAAGAAUGGCAGAUGGGCAAUCGAACUAUCGGAAUACGAUAUUGAGUUCAAAAGCCGGACGAGCGCCAAGUCACAAGUCCUAGCCGACUUCAUCGUAGAAAUCCCACCAGAGCUCGCAACUCAAGAGGACGAGCAAAUCCUCAAAUGGACACUGCAUGUCGACGGAUCGUCCUCCAGGCAAGGAGCAGGCGUCGGCAUCCGCCUCGUCUCCCCGACAGGCGAGAUUCUCGAGCAAUCGAUCAAACUCGGUUUCCCAGCGUCCAACAACGAAGCCGAGUAUGAAGCGAUUAUUGCCGGACUUCGUCUCGCCGAAGCAGUCGGAGCAGAACACGUUCGUGCGUUCUGCGACUCUCAGCUCGUCGCUAAACAAUUCAGCGGUGACUACGACACGAAAGACGAUCGCAUGGAUGCGUAUCUCAAACAGACGCAAAGAUUCCAAAGCCAAGACGUUCUUGAGAAUUCCGAAGCCGACGCACUCGCAGCCUUGGCGUCAAAAACCGAAUCAGCACUGCGACGGGUCAUCCCGGUCGAAACCAUCGACGAACCAAGCAUCAAACUCCCCAAGGGAACCGUCGUCAUGGCAAUCUCGCAAGAAGAAGAAGAAGACGAAAACCUCACUGAUGACGAGUCAGCAGAACACAAAUCAUGGCAGGAUGAAAUCAGAAAUUACCUCAUCAACGACGCCGUGCCAGAGGAGCGAUGGGCGGCCCGCCGCCUCCGACGAAAAGCAGCUUACUACUUCUUACGCAACAACGAGCUUUUUCGCUGGAGCGCAAACAAAGUCAUCCUGCGAUGCUGCGACGAAGCACAAGCUAAGAGCAUCAUGGUCGAGACCCACGAGGGAGCAUCAGGAAACCACGCCGGCGGAAGAUCACUCGCUUUAAAAAUUAAGAAGAUCGGAUACUUCUGGCCAACGAUGAUCGGCGAUUGCAUAAACGUCGCCGCCAAAUGCGUCCCCUGCAAAGAUACGCACCGGCGAUCAACGCCCCAACGCAAGCACUUCAAGCUGCGAUCCCGGCAUAUCCCUUUAUGCGCUGGGGAAUGGAUAUCGUCGGCCCCAUGCCACGCUCACGGCAAUGCGCUUACCUCUUGGUCAAACUUUGUGUGGCAGUAUAUCAUAUGCCGUCACGGUCUUCCUUAUGAGAUCGUCACGGACAACGGAGGACAAUUCGUCGCAGCAGCUUUCCGAGAAUUUUGCGCAUCGUGGAACAUCAAGAUCACUUACUCCACGCCAAGAUAUCCUCAAGCUAAUGGACAAGCCGAGUCCACAAACAAAACUAUUGUUGAUGGAUUGAAAAAAAGGCUUGAAGGCUACCAAGGAGCUUGGGCGGACGAAUUGGAUGGAGUGCUCUGGUCGCAUCGAACCACUCCCAGAACCGCAUCCGGGGAAACCCCAUUCUCUUUGUCGCACGGUUGCGAAGCACUAGCACCGGCAGAACUGCACGUAGCCAGCUUACGACGAUCGUUAAUGCCCCUCAACCCGGCAUUGAACGACGACUCACUCCUGCAUAGUUUAGACCACACCGAAGAGCUACGGGAUCGCGCCCUCCUGCGUAUGCAAAACUACCAACAACAAGCAACCAGAUAUUACGACAGGAAGGUGCGAAACCGGCGCUUCGAGCUCUACGACCUUGUAUCUAAGAAGGUCCACGACUUUACCAAACCCGAGCACGCAGGCAAAUUCGGGUUCCAUUGGGAAGGACCGUUUCGCAUCACCAAGAUCAUCAAACCCGGGGUCUACGAGCUGGACGAUUGUCAUGGAAACCCAUUGCCUCGUCCAUGGAACUCCAUGAACCUACGCAGGUUCUACACCUAG